AGUCAGGCCGCCGCCGUCUCUUGUCGUUUCCCAGCGCUUCGCAGGGCUCCUCCCGGCGGCGCUGAGUCUGGAGGGUCGGCCGCCCGGCACAGGUUUCCUAAAAGAAAAAAAAUGGAGGCAUCUGUAAACCAAAUGCAACCACUGAAUGAGAAGCAGAUAGCUAAUUCUGAAGAUGGAUAUGUAUGGCAAGUCACUGACAUGAAUCGACUACACCGGUUCUUAUGUUUUGGUUCUGAAGGUGGAACUUAUUAUAUCAGAGAACAGAAGUUGGGUCUUGAAAAUGCUGAAGCUUUAAUUAGAUUGAUUGAAGAUGGCAGAGGAUGUGAAGUGAUACAGGAAAUAAAGUCUUUUAGUCAAGAAGGCAGAACCACAAAGCAAGAGCCUAUGCUCUUUGCACUUGCCAUUUGUUCCCAGUGUUCCGACAUAAGCACAAAACAAGCAGCAUUUAAAGCUGUUUCUGAAGUUUGUCGCAUUCCUACACAUCUCUUUACUUUUAUCCAGUUUAAGAAAGAUCUGAAGGAAAGCAUGAAAUGUGGCAUGUGGGGUCGUGCCCUCCGGAAAGCUAUCGCAGAUUGGUACAAUGAAAAAGGUGGCAUGGCCCUUGCUCUGGCAGUUACAAAAUAUAAACAAAGAAAUGGCUGGUCUCACAAAGAUCUGUUAAGAUUGUCACAUCUUAAACCUUCCAGUGAAGGACUUGCUAUUGUGACCAAAUAUAUCACAAAGGGCUGGAAAGAAGUAUGUGAAUUGUAUAAGGAAAAAGCACUUUCUGUGGAGGCUGAAAAAUUAUUAAAGUAUCUGGAGGCUGUAGAGAAAGUGAAGCGCACAAAAGAUGAACUGGAAGUCAUUCAUCUAAUAGAAGAACAUAGAUUAGUUAGGGAACAUCUUCUAACGAAUCAUUUAAAAUCUAAAGAGGUAUGGAAAGCUUUAUUACAAGAAAUGCCUCUUACUGCAUUACUAAGGAAUCUAGGAAAGAUGACUGCUAAUUCAGUGCUUGAACCAGGAAAUUCAGAAGUAUCUUUAGUGUGUGAAAAACUGUGUAAUGAAAAACUGUUAAAAAAGGCUCGUAUACAUCCGUUUCAUGUUUUAAUUGCAUUAGAAACUUACAAGUCAGGUCAUGGACUCAGAGGAAAACUGAAAUGGCGCCCUGAUGAAGAAAUUUUGAAAGCAUUGGAUGUCGCUUUUUAUAAAACAUUUAAGACAGUUGAGCCAACUGGAAAGCGUUUUUUGCUGGCUGUUGAUGUCAGCACUUCCAUGAACCAAAGAGUUUUGGGUAGUGUGCUCAACGCUAGUACAGUUGCUGCAGCAAUGUGCAUGGUUGUCACACGAACAGAAAAAGAUUCUUAUGUAGUUGCUUUUUCAGAUGAAAUGGUACCAUGUCCAAUUACCACCGACAUGACUUUACAACAGGUUUUAAUGGUUAUGAGUCAGAUCCCAGCAGGUGGAACUGAUUGCUCUCUUCCAAUGAUCUGGGCUCAGAAGACAAACACAGCUGCUGAUGUCUUCAUUGUAUUCACUGAUAAUGAGACUUUUGCUGGAAGUGUCCAUCCUGCUGUUGCUCUGAAGGAGUAUCGAAAGCUCAUGGAUAUUCCAGCUAAAUUGAUUGUUUGUGGAAUGACAUCAAAUGGUUUUACCAUUGCAGACCCAGAUGACAGAGGCAUGUUGGAUAUGUGUGGCUUUGAUACUGGAGCUUUGGAUGUAAUUCAAAAUUUCACAUUAGAUGUGAUUUAACCAUAAGCACCAGCAUGAUCUAAGAAGGCCAUUGGCAUCAGUGAACUCACUAAAAAAUAUGCAGCUAUUUCCCAGCUAAUCUCAAUCCAGUGAACGAUGAUGGUAUAGUAUGUGUAUAAUGAAAAGUUACUUUAUGGAAAAAGAAAAAGAUAGGAAGGAAAAACAAGAUGAGCCCAAAGUUAUAUCUACAAAACUAGCUCUUGGGAAACAGCUUCAGGAUACUGUAGCGUCCUCUAUCUAAUAGAGAACUUCUUUUUAAUAGAUACUGUAAAAUAGUUGAACAGUUUUGCUUUGGUAAAUAAUACAUUUGUACUUAAAGAGGUGAGAGCCAAAAGUGUAAGUAUUUCUACAUCAUGUCACUUGUUUGGGAAGUGCUUAAUGUUUUCUUAAAUGUUUUCAUUGGGAAAGGACAGCUUUGAUAAUGUCCAAAUACUCUGAAAUGCACUAGACCAUGUAACUGUGAUGGAAUAUGAAACUCAUCUGUAAACUUUUAUACCAAGGGAGUAAAUAACUAGAACAUUUGAUUAAAUUAUAAAUGAGUUUUACAAAUUCAGAGUUUUUUAAGGUCACAUAAAUAACAGCUUUCUUAUUCAAGAAAAAAGAUACGUUAUUUCUCAUGUUUUAUUUGCCUUUGUAGAAUCUGUUACCAUUAACCAGAUACAUAAUGGAAACCCCUCAGAAGAGACUUUAAAGUUUGUGUUGGCAGAGGAAUUCUAUUUUGUUUACUUUUUUGGUUUUGCUCUGUUUUAUUACCAUGAGGUGUGUGACUUGACAAUGAUUUCCUUUGAAUUAUAAUAACAUGGCCAUGUGUAGUCAUGCUUUCUUUUUUUCUUACUCUUAAAUGAAAAUGAAAAUAACAUAAAAUGUUUCAAGCAUUUAACUCUCCCAUUCAUAAUCUUGAAAGAAUGAUAAUUAAAAUCUCAACUAUAACCAGAUUAACUUUUUCCUUAAUUUUAAAAUAAAAAAUUUUUUAAUUACUUUUAACUGUUUUUUUUUAGUCAAUUGUAAGUGGGUUUUAGGUAUUUUCUAAUUGUAAGUAUGUCAGUGGUCUAUCUCUUUGUCCAUAUUCAUUUUGUGGCAAAACUUUUUUGAUAGUAUAAAGAAAUAAUAAAGCAAGCUAAGUUCUUCAGGUUUGAAAAGCAAUUUUUGAGUAGCAUAUUACCAACUAACCAGUUUGUAGAAAUUUUUUUUUUUAAUUUGUGUGUAUUAAACGUCCUUUUCAUUACAUUAAAGUGCAUUAUUUUCCUGAGCAAGCAUACCUCCUUUGUUGUGAGAUUUUAACAUUAAAGCCACCUGUUGAGAUGCCAGUA